AUGGAAAGGGUGACAGGCAUCUCCGACCUUCUAGAAAAGUGCAAGGACAAAGCCUUUGUGAAUGACAACAAAGAGUGGAUAAGAGAAAAUAUGAUGAAGCCGCCUUUAAAGGAUCAGGUGAUGGCGCUGCUGGGUACGAAAAAGAAUAUUAUUGCCAUAAGGGCUAUUGAAGCGGUAGAUGCCCCUGCAGACGAGCUUGCACCUGUUCUUGAGGACAGGAAGAACAUCAACCAAUAUGUGUAUUCGACAUACUAUUAUAUGUACAAGAUGGGGCUUAUUGGAAAAGACAGGUUUGAUGGUGCGAAGGAGUACUUUCGAUGCAUGAAGAACUAUGAGAAAAUGUUUAUAGACACAGAAAACUCAUUCAUCAUUUCUAGGAUCGAAGCAGACAGGAGAAGGGAUAAGGUGGUGAAGAGGGAGUUUAACAAGGUUGUGGAUACCAAAGAAGAGCUAAGAUCGCUGCUUAUAGAGCUCCCUGAGAUCACCAUGGGAGAGGUGCGCAAGAUCAGAGAUGGUAUUAGCAGCGUGAAAAGCACAUUUGUGAUUGACCUUGAUCCAAUCUUUGAUAUUAGUGGUCUGAGGUGCCAGGCAAAGGAAGAAGCAUCAAGAAGGAUAUCAGAGAUCAGGGAUGUUCUGUUCUGUAUUGACAGCAAGCCCUCCAGGAUUUUCACUCUUGGGGCCCUAGGAGAAGAGAAAGGGGAAGGAAACAGCGAAGCAGCAGUGCUCAGGAAUCUGAAGAAAGACAAAUACCAGAGGUUCGAAAGAAUCUUCAACGGGCCUGAGAAGUCGAAGUUUACGUGUACGCCUCUUUUCUACAGUGUAGAUAGAUUGUUGAGGAAUCGUAUAACACGCCUGUAUGAUUCUGUUGUGAAACUUCACAGAACAAAGCAAUCAGUUUAUUUCAUGUCUUCGCGGCCUCUUCCGCAGAUAUUAGCAGAACUCCUCUUUUUUGAAUAUUCAAGCCUGGACAUAAGGACUGUAAUUUCGACGGCGGAUGCUUCCUUCGACAUCCACAGAGAAGUCCAGAAGAAAGAAGGCGUAAGGGUCGUUGCCGUUGGAAGCAGUCCUCUUGCGAAACAAGAGGGCGAGAAUAUUUAUAGGAUAGGAUAUGAGGACUUCAGAAAGAUGGUUGAUGGGAUUCUCCUAAUGGAGAAUAGCAUUGAGCGAAGUGGUGAGGGCCUUUGA